AUGCCAGCACCAGCCUCGCGGGUCUUGGGUGGAGUCCUUGCUGUUGGCGUGAUCUUGUUGGCAUAUUUAGUUCUGUGCCUGCCCCUCCACGACGACAUGUCUGCCCCACUAGUUUUGAGGAGUCUUUUGUCUCGAAACACUUCUGCCUUGUUGAGACCACUUACUGCUUCGACACUUACAAGCUCUCACAGCUCCCGUACCACGACAUUCACAUCCUCGCACUUCAGCACAACUACCGCGACCAUGUCAGCAAUCAAAGGCUACGACCAAACCUCUUUCAAAGACGCCGUCAAGCACCGUCGCACCGUCUACAGCUUGCAGAAGAAGUCCCCGAUCUCGGACGAUCGUAUCAAGGAGAUUGUUACCCAGGCUAUCAAGCAUGUUCCGUCGUCUUUCAAUAGCCAGUCGGCGAGGCUGGUCGUGUUGGUGAAGGAGGAGCAUGAUAAGUUCUGGCAGGUUGUGAGUGAUGUGCUCAAGGCGCAUGUGCCCGAGGAUAAGUGGGAGCAUACCAAGCAGAGGAUGGAUAUGUUUUCGGGGGCUUAUGGGACGAUCCUCUUCUACGAAGACCCAAACCCCAUCAAAGCCCUGCAAUCCAAACUGCCCACCUACGCCGACAAGUUCCCCGUCUGGUCUGAGCACACUUCAGCCAUGCAUCAGUACGAGUUGUGGACUGCCUUCGAGACGGAGGGACUGGGUUGCAAUUUGCAGCAUUACAACCCGCUGCCUGAUCAGAAGGCGUCGGAGAUUUGGAACAUCCCACUGGAGUGGAGCUUGAAGGCGCAGCUUGUUUUCGGCGAGCCGAAGGAGGGUGCGAGAGAUCAGUUGCCGACGAAGAGCGAGGAGCCGAUUGAGGAGAGGGUCAAGUUUUAUGGGUUUUAG